UUAUUCAUUAUGAUACAUGCUUUUACACAAAAGCUCCACUGACCUCAAUGGGACAUAGGGAAGGUUUAAUUUGUAAUUUCAGUCCCUCAUUCCUAGGAUUUUGUGUCAGGUCUAGAUCCCUGUAACUACUUCCUUUCUUUUUCAGCCACAGACAAUUAUUUAAGAAAAGUAGGGAUUUUCCUGAGGGCCUGGUUCAGUUUAAAGACCUUCGGAGGGGCAUAUUCCAGGGAUGGAUGUGGCCAAAUGCAGAAACAAAUAUGAUAUCAUAUUUUAUCCUAAAUCUUUUAUUGCCAAUAACAGAGUUUUAGGAGAGGUUUCAGUGUUUCAGAAGGGGAGAAAAUCCAUACAAAAGUGUCAUAUCUUUUGUCAUAACCACAGAGGGCUGGAUUUGGAAGUGCACACCAUGGAGGCCCACUAAUUAUUAGGAUUGCCAUAAAUCGGAAAUUAUUUGAAGGCAUACAACCACAACCACAACAAGAUUUGUUUACUUCAAGGCAAAUAUGUCUAGGAUUGUAGCAUUGCAAUGGUAAAAUGUAUAGUUUUGAUGCUUUAAAAUUAUAAUGAAGAGUAUUCAUUUACAAAUAUCCCCACCCAUGUGGAACUUCUUUGCAUGUUUGACUCAAACUGAAGUACAGCAGCAGAGUUAGCGCUGUGCUAGAAAGACAACAUUCUUCCAGUACCUUUUGAACUGUUAGCAUUUUUGGUGUUCUGCCUUAGAAUUUCUUGUGAGAAUAUAUAAACUUCUAGAACUGCACUGUACUUCUGCUUCUUUCCUGGGUGCUUUAACUAUGAAAAAUUAAAAGGAUUUGCAUUACUGUAGAUUACCUUUUCUUUUAUUCACUAAGUUUUAUAAUUAGGGGAAGGUGUUGUUGUUUUUCUUGGCAGCUCCUUUAGUUUCCAUAUGAGGAAUUAUAAAAUAUCACUGUAGCUAACCAUGAUAGAUAAUUAUGAUAGGUAAAGUUUAUCCUACAACGAUUGUGUUUUGCUGAGAAAGGCUCCAUUAAAUCGUGUUCCUAAUGGAAAAGUGUCAUUUCCCCUACCCUUAGGGUUUAGUUCUUAUUUUAAGAGGGAAGAUGGAAUUUAUAGCUACAGAAUCAUUUGUGAGUCCUUUAAAAGGGUUCUUGACAUUGCCAUCGGGAAACCAAGAAAAGAAAAGAGAUGGCAUCACUUGUAAAUUAGAUGACAAACCACGUUUGUAUGUCAUUGGCAGUAUACGAAAAGUGAACCAGAAAAUUGCUCAUUUAGAACUUGGACCGAAAAGAUACGACAGUAGCGACGUAGUGAUUGAGGAUGCAGCACUGAAGAGACAUGUAGUGCAAAGGGGUUUUAAAAAAAGAGUGUCAGUCAAAGUGAAAGAGAGAGACCAGAAGGUGAUACAAAAAUCUAGUGGGCGUGGCUCAGAGGUUGAUCCUUCCAUAACUCUGGGCAAAAUUUCUCAGAAGAAGUUUGUAGCAGAAAAAGAUAAACUUGUGGAGCUGUACCAGUACCCAGGAUACACUAAGGAAGAACCAACACCACUGCCAAAUGGAGUAGACCUAGAUGAAAUUUUGCAGAAGGUGAUUCGGGCCCAGAGAAAAACAUUAAUUGGAAAGACAAGAUGGUCAGUGAAGAUGUUGUACAAGUUUCUCAGUGCUCCAUGCAUCCAGGCUAUUUUGUUAGACAGUUUCUGGUGGCAGUUUCUACACUUGUAUCAUGUAAGAAAGCAGCUGACUAGUUGGGUGUUGCCAGAUCGAGAAAUUCAAGGACAUUUAUUUGAACGCAUUGCAGAAAAUUAUUCCCGCACUCUCUUGGGCUGUCACAAGGUUUCCAACCCAGAGCACAUCUUUACAUUUUUCCCAUCAUUGUUGAGUCAAGCUGUGUAUACCUGCUUCUGCUGCUGUUUCCCAAGGUCGUGGUUCAAUACACAUGAAUUCAAGGCUCAUCUCUGCGAUGUAUUCUCUGAGUGGCUUGGAGGUACAUUGCAUGCUCCAGGUAGCUUCAAUAAAUGGGAUUAUUCUGAACUGGAACCAGAGCGAUCUAGGAGAGAAAAUUUGCUGUCAGGAAAGAGACAGUUUAGAACUGGCUGUGAUGUUUCCUUUACUAGCGACAUGUUAUGUAGUGCUUUGGGGAAACCCUCUUUGCAGUUCCAAAAGAGUGGCAGCUCUUCAAGGAAGGUUGUUAACAAGUCCAUUAAAAAAACCAAGAGGCCUGUCUCUGAGAAAAAAGCUCAACAGCAGCAUUCCAAAAAAGAGGAACCCCUUUCUCAGUUUGUGUCAAGCGAAUACCAGGUUAAGGAAGAUGGGCAAAAGGAUUCAUGGAACAAACAACAGAGCUCACAAAAAAAGAAGAAAUUGAAGAUUGCUUUGCUUCCUCGAGAGUCACACCCAGCCUGUUGUGGUCCUGAAUUCACCUGGCAUCAUUUGAAUAUCCGUGGACACAGCCCGCUAAUUCAACACUUCCUUGAAAAACGGCAUGCUCUGUCAAAGGGUGGCUGUGACAUCUUCUUGCCUAGGAGAGAGAUCUGCAAACCAAUACCAGAGUCUGCCCAAACAUAUGCAGAAGUGAUCAAGGACAGUUUUGAUAUUCUCCAUCAGAGGCACAAGGCUUUCACAAAAACCUAUUUGAGACACCAGAGGGAAAUGAGGAAUUUUGAUCAACAGUGCAAGGAUAACCAAGAACUUUUCAGGCAAGAGAUGCAGGAAGAGAUGAAAAGAAGGCAAGCCCAAAAGCAGAAAGAGUUGCUCAAUGCAGAAGUACUGGGUAGUUCAGAAAAGAGUUCAACCCAUCUUCCAAGAGUCUCGUUUAUAUUGCCAACUUAAUUCAUAUGGGGUCGUAACAACACUUAUUACACCACCUUUUUAAUUGAAUUAGUAUGUUGAUUUAAAUUCAAAUUAAAAAUAUUUGAGAUUGGCUUGUGUAACUGUAAUUCCAGUCUGGUUUACAGAAAGAAUAUAUAUAAAAAAUAAAACUAGAUUUCAUACACACACAAACACACACACACACACUUCCAGUUUUGAAACAUUUGCAAUUCAAAAGCAACAGAAGCUGAUGCUCUUUUAAGAGUAGGAAUUUUAAAAAGGUCCAAGAAAAUUUUGUUGACAGCAUUUUUUAUGAAUUAAUGGCAUUUGAUGUUUCUUAUGUUAAAAUAUGUUGACUCUUGAAAUGUAGUUUGCCAUACUUUUUCAUUCCUAAUUUUGCUGGUGUCUUAGAAAUAGUUUUUUUUACAACAAAAAUAGUCCUUUUAUUUUUCUACAAAGAAAGUCUAUUUGUGAUAAUGUAAAAGUUGUGACCUACACAAUUCUCAAAAAAUUGAAAUACUUCUUCAGAAAUCAUAUUGUGUUUCACACACACCAGCAGUACUAGGUUAAAUAUACUUUGUCCCAUAAAACCAUUUUUGAUUUACUGAAACAAUAUAUAGGCCUCAUUCCCAGUUACAAAUAAACUAGCUUGCGAUCCAGAUCGAUUGAUUCGACAGUGGAGUGUGGUUCACACUGCAUUUGCCCCAAUUGCAUUUUCUUGUUGUAAAAUAACCCACUUCUCAUUCACAUUGACCAGUGAUUCGAUUCCAAAAGGACCCUCUUCAGUGGAUGAUCAUCUGAUCACGUCAUUCAAAAAAAUCUAUUCUGAUCUGCAUCCCAUUCACACUUGUGCUGAAUCAAUUUAUUGCAAAAGGCAUG